CCUCUGUCUCCUGCGGCCUGGUGGAUACACCUGUGCCUGCCCUCAAGGGUCCACUCCAGUGCAGUUUGACUCCAAUGAAUGUGAUGCAGAUGUCCGUACGGUUAUGUGGGCAGCUAUUGUGAGAUGGGGAAGUCAAGGGGCGCUCCAGCAGGAACAGCUGUGGCUGUUCUACUGGCAGUCAUUAUCAUCCUGAUCACUGGAGCUUUGGCUGUCGGGGUUUUCCUCAACUACAAACGAACAGGAUCUUUCAUCCCAUCCAUGCCCAAACUACCCAGCCUCAGCAGCCUGGUGAAGUCCGCUGACACAGGGAAUGGGGUGACGUUUCGCUCCGGUGAUAAUGUUGACCUUGGACCGUCACACAUUGGCGUGUCAUUCAUUGACACAGCCAUGCAGAUGGAUGAUAAUUUUGCGAUGGACGCUGGGAGGCAGCCAAUCACGUUUGAGAACCCGUUAUAUGCCACAGUUCCUGGAGUGUCCGGAGAUCCUGCUGUCAUUCAUGCCACACAGGUGACUGUUAAUGUGAGUGGUGAUCAGUUGGAGAACAAGUUUGUGAACCCGGCGUACCGCGGAGAUCAGAGUGCAGGCAUUGUGAACACAACUUCUGUCAGCACCAAACCUGUGCAGGAGUCAAAGUGGAGCUUAUUCAAGCGAAAAUUAAAGCCAAGCACCACAUUUGACAACCCUUCGUAUUCAGAGAUGAAGGAUGAAAAGCCUGUGGGAAGCAGCGGGGACUCUUCUGCCCCUGAGCCCUCUCCGUUUGUCCCCCCCGCCAAACCUCCGAAGAGGGAUCGUCCAAGCACCUUUUCGCCAACCGAGGACAGUUUCAAAGACACAGCCAACCUCGUAAAAGAGGACAGCGACGUAUAACCCCUCUCUCGCAGAUGGGAAUCGAAAUAAAAAGAAACACACUUUGCACAGAAUUUAUUUUUUUAUGCAGCCUGUGAACAAAAACUCAAAUUGUUUUAGGAAAGAGAAAUACAUUUCUAUAGAAUGAAGAAAAACGUCUUUUGUGACUAUGCCUUCUGACAUUUCUUAUGCCAAUUCUUGUGUUAAUGUUUUCUUUAUUCUGAUGUACAAUAUGUAUAUCUUUUGCACUGAAGCUGCUGAUAGAAGUGUUUAUAAAUAAGUUGUAUAUUUGUAAAUUUGAACAGUAAGAUUUUGUCAGAAAAUAUCUUUGAAAUAGAUCCUAUGAAUAGUUCAAUAUAAACACAAUAACAUAAAAAGUGAGCUGCAUUCUGAAUGUACAGUACUUAUAUGAUCGAAGGUUAUUAAAAAAUGUGUUGAGUAAUUUUUUUUUUUUUUUUUUUUUUUGCCACUGAACAAAACUGAAGAUGUAUUUACUUCAUCUUUCAUGUUUAUAUACCUCAUUUCAGGGCUGGAAGCUGAACAAAACUAUCACAGAAAAUUGGACCUUAACUUAUACCAUUCAAUUCUUCAAAAAUUCUCCAGUAUGCAUGAGCUAAAAUAUGUAUGCAAAGCAUACUCACUGUACUCAAUCAAACUCAUUAUGUUCCCUGACUUUAUGACUCUGAAUCAACAUGAUCUUUUUUUUUUUUUGUAAUGAUAUUGGAACAAUGGCCAAAAUUGUUUGGAGCAAUACUUGAAUGUUUGUUUUGCAUGGAAAUGAAUUUAUGUAGCUGAUUAUCUUAAAGAGCAACACAGGGCCUGAGGAUGCAGAUGUCGUUUUAUAAACACAGUGAAUAAAUUCUUAACUUUACAGAAUGAUUUAUUUUGUAUCAUAAUGAGGACAAAUAAAAAUUGUAUCUGUGAUCAUCCACAACAUGUCCAUAUCGUUUAAAUUGCUGCUGCUGAGAUGUGAAUGAAUAAAUUUCCUAUUUUGUAA